GGGAGAAGCAACACACCAUCUGCCCAUCUCUCUGGACCACUAGAGAUCUCUCUGUCUCUCCUCCGGCACAAAAGGCAUCUCCUUCUUCUGUUGCAUCUGAAGCCCCUUUUGGUCCUUCUCUGAGGAAGCAAAAAAUGAGGGACACAGUCAACUCCCAGUACGACUCCUUCCUGUACUGGAAGAUGCCCAUCCCAGAACUAGACCUGAGCGAGCUGGAACACCUGGGCUUAGCUGAGCUGGUCGCCUACAAGCCCAAGGGAGGCUAUGGCAGCUUCGCAGCAGAGCGGAAGAAGCAGAACCGCAGCAUCUCCAACGGGGAAGACGACGGCGAAGACACCAGCCUCCUCCAGUUCAACAGUUUCAAUUUCUGGAGGGCCCCUAUACCCUGCGUCGGCCCUUUAGAUUUCGACCUGAUCUGAGGCCGGCGCAGCUGGGCUGCUGUCCUUUAGUGUGACGAGUGAGGCGGCUAAACCUUUUGUCUACACCCUUCUCCUUCCGACCAAUUCCCCGUAGUGUUUUAUUUUUCAAAUUGUACGGCGAGGUUGAAUUGCAAAAUUGCUUCUGUUGGUGU